AUGAUUACUUCUCGGAUUGCUAUCGACCCUGAGAAGAAGUUGGAAUCACCAUCGCAGAAGUCGAAGACCAACGUGAGCCCUCCACGUACCACAUGGAUGCAGGAGAUUGUUGAUCUGAUUUGCGCUGGUGGCAAUGUGGAAAAAGCACGGCGAGCUCCCACACAUGUCCGGAUUCCGUUUCUAGAAAUCUGCUCCCCACCUCCUAUGCCUUCAGGGGUUGAUUCACUGGUAAAUGCACCGUCUCCUCGUGUUAUCAAAACACACCUACCCUUCCAGCUUGUCCCCAAAAGCUUUUUGGAAAAGAAUUGCAAAAUUAUCUACGUUGCUCGCAAUGCCAAGGACAACCUGGUCUCCUAUUACUUCUUUGACCGGAUGAAUUUGACGCAGCCAGACCCAGGGCCUUGGGAUGGCUAUGUUAAGAAAUUCAUGGAGGGCACAGUUGCUUGGGGCUCUUGGUAUGACCACGUCCGGCGUUACUGGGAUGAGAGAGAAAACUAUCGUAUCCUGUACGUCUUCUAUGAGGACAUGAAAGAGAACCUGGCCCGUGAAGUCCGCCGUGUCACGGAUUUCCUGGAGAUUGACUUGCCUGAGGACACUGUGCAGAAGAUCAUCCAUCACACCUCCUUCCAGGCCAUGAAGGACAAUCCAAUGAGCAAUUACAGUAGUUUCCCCGACGCCAUCUUUGACAAGAAGAUAGGCUCUUUUAUGAGGAAAGGUGAAGUUGGCGACUGGAAGAAUUAUUUUACAGUGGCUCAAAGGGAGGUGUUUGACGCCGAUUACCUGCGCAAGAUGGAAGGAACAACCCUGCACUUUCGUGACGUGUUAUAGACUGAGAGAAUUGUCUUUGCUGGGAUUUUUAUGUUAA